CAGGGACCACAGCCUGUCCCUCCUUGCCAUGACUGGUGGUUAAUCAGCAGCCCGGCCACCAUGGGAGGGCCCUGGUGGGUGGAUAAAGGCCCCACCAGGCACCGGAGGGCAGUGUCCUUCCUCCCCUGCAUCCACCCCGUGAGAGGAGCGCCAGGAUCAAGGCCCAGAUCAUGUCCCAGCUGGUGGAAUGCGUUCCCAACUUCUCAGAGGGGAACAACCAGGAGGUGAUUGACGCCAUCUCUCGCGCCGUGGCGCAGACCCCGGGCUGUGUGCUGCUGGACGUGGACGCUGGCCCCUCCACCAACCGCACGGUCUACACGUUCGUAGGGCAGCCCAAGGACGUGGUGGAGGGGGCCCUCAAUGCCGCCCGGGUUGCCUUCCAGCUCAUUGAUAUGAGGCAGCACAAAGGUGAGGGGUCCUCCCCCACAGGGUGUGGGGGCUGCCUGGCCUGCAAGCUUGCCCUGGGAGGACCCCAGAGCUCCCCGAAGGGUCUCAGGCGCAGUCCACAGAGGCUGCUGUGCCAGGCUAAGGUCCGUGGAGACCCCUCUGUGUUUCAGGGGUUCCCAGGAGUGACUGGCAGUGAGGCUCAGGCAUCCUGUGCAGGCCUGGGGCGCUUGGGGGGGCAGGGAGCAAAGACGUGGAAACCAGCCUGGCAGUAGCCCUCAAAACCAAACACAUCUGCUGUGGCAGUCAGGGU